CCAUGCAUGUAAAAAAAAAAAAAGGCAUAAUCACGCUUUUCAAAUGUAUGGUGUGAAUGCGACCUUCAGGUUUUUAUGUUGCUAUUUAAACUUCUCCUUUCUCCCCGCUGUUAAUCACUUCCUGCCCCAGCUCCUUGCGUGGAUCUCUCGCUCGAGCUUCCUCGGAGCCCCAAAUCCAGGCAGCCUUUUCAGCUCAGUUCACCUUCCCGCUGGCCUCUCACAUUGCCACAAGAAUGGCGGGAACUCACGGGAACUCAGUUCCGACACCUCAGAUGUCAAAGAAUGAUGAUGAUCAGCAGUUUACUAUUGACAAUGCAAUUAAAAAUAUGGAUAAAAUGUCAUCUGAACUGAACAAACUAAUGGUAAAAACCCAACUGCUGCUUUGUGAUCUUAUUCUGAACUUCAGCCAUCCAGCUCUAACAGAUGUUUCAACAGAAGCUGAUGAAAAGAAACGUGAGGAGUCCACAAAUCUGCCUUAUUUCAGAUGACUGACCACUUUGAAACGGAGCUACAAAUAGGCUUCAUGGAGCUGUGAGGUCCAACACUUCUUUUCAUGCUGUUCUUGAUUUUUUUUCUCCUCUUGAAAAGAGCCUUGCUUCUUUUCAAUGAUGCAAACACUUUUCUGGCUUCCUUAAUUGGCCUCACAUUUGUGCCAGCCUGAAUUUGUUUGAACUAUUGGCAGCACUGAGUUCCAUUGAUCAUCAUGCACUCUACUCCAUCCUUGUGUGCCUGCCUGCUUCUAGUCCUGGAUUUAGUUCUGCUGCUUCAUCUUAGCAUUUUUACUGCUGAGAGGUGUUCUGUUUAUUUUGCAUCUAAGCCCCAACUAAGACAAUGGUAGUCUGAAAUAAUUCAGUUUUGUUUUUAAAACACACAUUAAAUGAAUUGCUUAUGCAGUAUUAUGCUGAUAGGUUGUGACUGU